AGAAGAUAAGAUAGCUGUGAUGGAAAGACAAUGUUACAGGCCCGUCACCCAACGCAAACAAACAGUCAGAUAUAAACGAUAUCUGGAACAUUCCACAGAAUUCUCCACGCUCUGAGAAGAAGCAAUGAGUGAUGAGUCGUCGAUUUUUAAGAAGACCAACUUCUCUCUUUCUUCAAAGAUACCACAACAAUCCAACACAUAAGAACAAGAACAAGGCCCUUGUUGAUUCAUCAUCUUAUUAAUACUAGUAAUCGUGAAGAAGCGAAAAAGAGAAGUUGGGAUGGGAGUUGAUUACUACAACGUCCUCCAAGUCGAUCGCAACGCCAGCGAAGAUGAUCUCAAGAAAGCUUACCGAAAACUCGCCAUGAAAUGGCAUCCUGACAAAAACCCAAACAACAAAAAGGACGCUGAGGCCAAGUUCAAGCAGAUCUCCGAAGCUUACGAGGUUCUUAGUGAUCCCCAGAAGAAAGCUGUUUACGAUCAGUACGGCGAGGAGGGUCUGAAAGGGAACGUUCCCCCUCCAGGUGCUGGUGGAGCCACUUACUUCUCUACCGGAGACGGUCCAACUUCCUUCCGGUUCAACCCCAGAGACGCAGACGAUAUUUUUGCUGAGUUCUUUGGGUUCUCCAGGCCAUUCGGUGGUGGUGGUGGUGGUGGUGGUACAAGAUUCUCUAGCAGCAUGUUUGGUGAUAACAUUUUUGCAUCUUUCGGUGAAGGAGGAGGAGGAGGAGCAGGUGCUAUGCAUCAUGGUGGAGCCAGGAAGGCCGCUCCUAUCGAAAACAAGCUGCCUUGUAGCCUUGAAGAUCUCUACAAAGGUACCACCAAGAAGAUGAAGAUCUCAAGGGAAAUUGCUGAUGUCAGCGGCAAGACGAUGCCGGUGGAAGAGAUUUUAACGAUUGAUGUGAAGCCAGGGUGGAAGAAAGGCACGAGAAUCACAUUCCCUGAGAAAGGAAACGAGCAACCUGGUGUGACUCCAGCUGAUUUAGUCUUCAUCAUUGACGAGAAGCCUCACCCAGUUUUCACUCGUGAGGGCAAUGACCUCAUUGUCACACAGAAGAUCUCACUCGUUGAGGCCUUGACUGGUUACACUGUGAACCUGACAACGUUUGAUGGUCGGAGACUGACGAUCCCAAUCACCAACGUGAUCAACCCAGGGUACGAGGAAGUGGUUCCAAAGGAAGGAAUGCCCUUACAGAAAGAACCGACAAGGAGAGGAAACUUGAGGAUCAAGUUUAAUAUCAAGUUCCCCACGAGAUUAACCUCAGAGCAGAAGACAGGAGUGAAGAAGCUUCUCGGAUAAAUUGAGCUAUAAUCAGUACAUAUCAGUCAAAGCAAUGUAGAUUUAAUACUGUUGUGUCCUUGCUCUGUAACAUAUGUACCGAUUAAACACCCCUAAUAAAUUUGUUUGUUGUAAUCAAAAUCCAAAACGCCUUCUACACCAUUCCUAUAAAUGCAAGAGUACUGUUGUUUUUAAUCACAUCCUGAUCCUGAUGUGCGGAAAACAGUUGCAACACUGAACAGAUUUCAGUCCAGAAGGGUUUGCGAUCAUCUCCCGCGACAAACUCUUGAACAACAUUGUCCACUUCUAUCAAGCUACAACCUGGUGUCCUCUUCAUAUUUCCGUUCCUUAUCAGCUUCCUCAAUCUCGAAACCUCUUCCCAUUUCCCCAAAUCUGCAUAAAUAUUGGAAAGCAGAACAUAGUUCCCCAUAUCCUCAGGCUCUAGCUCAACAAGAUGGUCCAUUGCGAGCAGAGCAACAUCAAGAUUGCUUCGUGUUCUGCAAGAGCUUAACAACGACCCCCAAAUCUUUGAGUCAGGUUUCAUCGGCAUCGUCUUUAUUAUUUCUACAGCUCGUUCCAGUUCCCCUGCUCUGGCCAAAACAUCGAUCAAACAACCGUAGUGCUCAAUCUUGGGUUCUAUUUGAUAAUCCUCCCUCAUCAUAUCAAAAUAUUUCAAACCUUGUUGCCACAACCCAACAUGUGAACAAGCCGAUAAAAGACCAAGAAACGUGAUCCCGUUAGGUUUCACCUUCCCUCUCUGCAUUUCAUCGAAUGUCUUGAUUGCUCCUUGAGCGUUGCCGUGAUGUGCAUACCCUGAGAUCAUCGUACUCCAGGAUAUAACAUCUUUCCCCUUCAUUUGGUUAAACAACUGGAUAGCUUGACUAAUUGUACCACAUUUCGAGUACAUCUCAAUAAGAGCAUUGCAGACACCAGUUUGCUUCAGAAACCCCUUUCUCUCUGCGUACAUAUGGAUCCACUUCCCAAGCUCUAGAGACCCGAGAUGAGCACACGAAGGUAAAACAGAGAUGAGACUGAUCUCAUCAGGCUCAAUACCAGCUAACUGCAUUUCACGGAAGAACUCCAUGGCUUCAGCAUAACAUCCAACCCCUGUGUAACCCGAGAUCAUCGCAGUCCACGACACUAUUGUUUUCUCCGGCAUGGAAUCAAACAAUGUCUUUGCUUUCUUCAUCUGCCCAAGCCGGGCGUGCCCAGAAAGAAGACUGUUC